AUGUCUGAAUCCUCGCCAUUUAUCAAGAAAUUAGCAGCAAACGAUCGGAAAACCAGAGAUGAAGCAUUGGCUUCUCUACAGAAGUUUUUGAGUCGAAAGAAAAAAUUUGAGCGACUCGAUUUCUUAAAACUAUGGAAAGGUCUUUUUUACUGCAUGUGGAUGUCUGACAAGUCUUUGUACCAACAGAAACUUGCCGAUAAUUUGGCUGGGUUGGUUUCUAUUGUACAUGUGGAAAACAGAAUGCUGUUUCAAGCCACUUUUUGGGAAACAAUGGGCCGAGAAUGGACAGGGAUUGAUAUUUUGCGCACGAACAAAUUCUACAUGUUGAUGCGAAGAUUCUGUGCUGCUGCUUUUUUGGAUAUUAAAGCAAGGAGUGAUUCAGAGGAAUCAUUGAAAAAGUUAAUUGCUCAGUACAAUGAGAUGUGGAUGUCGGUUCCCUUCAAUUCCAGUAAUUAUUCGUAUCCCAACGGCGUUCUCUUUCAUCUAGCAGAUAUUUGGACAGAAGAAAUAACAAAGGCUUUUGAUGGAGACGUUCCCAAAGCUGAUUGGUAUCUGCCCUUCGAUUCGUUGGGAAAAACAUCCAAAAAUCCUGUUUUGAGAAAGACACUGCCUAAGCGUUUGGAAAGAGUUCCAGAAUACACUCUCGCUGACGAGUCUUCAUAA